GAAAAAUAUCAAAGAAAAAAAAUGGUUUUGAAGAUUCAAGACGAGAAACAAAGUUCAAAUUCAGUGGAAUCAUCAAUAUCACUUGAAGAUACUUCCUCAAGUGAUACUUAUUCUUCUAAUAAGGAAAAUGACUUCCAUCCAGAACGACCUGAGAAGGAGACGAAACACUAUAUAGGUGUUAGAGCAAGGCCAUGGGGAAAAUUUGCGGCUGAAAUUAGGGAUUCAACUCGGAAUGGAAUUAGGGUUUGGCUUGGAACAUUCAAUAGCGCUGAAGAAGCCGCGUUGGCUUAUGAUCAAGUUGCUUUGUCAAUGAGAGGUCCAACAACUUGUCUAAAUUUUCCAGUUGAAAGAGUAAGCAAAAUGUUAGAAGAAACAGAAAAUUGCAAUUUCUUCAAGAAUGGAUUGUCACCAGCAGCAGCCUUAAAGGAGAAACACAAAAGGAGAAGUAGUAGUAAUAUUUCAAGAAAAAAGAAACAAAAGGUAAAUCAUGGAGAAGAAAAUAAUAAUAAUAAU